AGUGCUACGUCCUGGUAGAGGCGGGGCUUAGUUAUAGCCGCGGAAGGAAGCUGGUCUUGUUGCGUGAGGAAGCGUUUUUUUUUGCCCCCCGAGGUUUUCAUCAUGUCUAUUAUGUCCUAUAAUGGAGGGGCUGUUAUGGCCAUGAAAGGGAAAAACUGUGUGGCUAUUGCAGCUGAUCGCAGAUUUGGUAUUCAAGCUCAGAUGGUGUCUACAGACUUCCAGAAAAUUUUUCCAAUGGGAGACAGAUUAUUCAUUGGUCUGGCUGGUCUUGCCACAGAUGUGCAGACAGUUGCUCAAAGACUCAGAUUUCGACUAAAUCUCUAUGAACUGAAGGAAGGCAGGCAAAUUAAGCCGCAGACCCUAAUGAGCAUGGUGUCUAAUCUCCUAUAUGAAAGACGGUUUGGACCUUAUUAUACAGAACCUGUAAUUGCUGGAUUAAACCCAAUCACUUAUGAACCCUUUAUCUGCUCCUUAGACUUGAUUGGUUGUCCGAUGAUAACAGAUGAUUUUGUGGUCAGUGGGACCUGUACAGAGCAAAUGUACGGCAUGUGUGAGUCUCUUUGGGAGCCAGACAUGGAACCUGAUCACCUCUUUGAAACCAUAGGACAGUCCAUGCUUAAUGCUGUGGACAGAGAUGCUGUGUCUGGUAUGGGAGUGAUAGUGCAUGUGAUUGAGAAAGACAAAAUAACUACCCGGACACUGAAAGCUCGCAUGGAUUAAGUUAAAGUCCUACUAAGAAAACUGAUAUCUCAAGAUAGGAAAUAGUGUACUGUUAAUGGAAUAAACUUUUUUUUCUAAAACCACAACUUUUUCAUUUUUAUGUAGAAGCUAUAUAUAUUUUGAUUUUUUUAAAAUCAAAGAUAAAAGGUUGUUCUGAAGAAGAUAAUUUUCAAACAAUUAUGUAAUAAUGUAAUCUGGCUGUCAUACCAGAAUUGAUCUGUAAAUUAUAAACUAUGGCAUCCACCAAAAUCGGCAGAUUUUUUUUUUUUUAAUGCAAAAUACUGCUGUUGAUUUAACCUGAGAAAAGUCCUGCUGAAUUCAGUGUGCCCUACAGCAUGGACUUGAGUAGGAUUGCAAUAGAGAUAUUCAGUCUGAGAUCAAAUCUAAACUGAGCAAAAGUGAUUCAGAUCUGACUUGGUCACCUCUUUUAUGCCAGCUGGAGACUGCUGAAGAAAACAUACCUUUGAGUUUAGAUAGUAGUGGCAAGGUAGUCACUGAGGAGCUAAUGGGUAGUGGUGCAUCCCAAUUUUGGCCCAAAUACUGUACAUCUACAAGUUGCACAGUUAAUGUACACCCAAAAAAAGAUGAUGACACGGCCAAGGUAAUGGUUGUUG